CAACAGAUGGAGCACAAUUUGUAAUAACUUGUUUAUUUACCACAGGACAAUAACAAGAAGACCUGUUUAUUCAUCUUUACCUAUAUGAGCCUGCACAAUCGGAAGGAAAUGAACCAGAGUGCGCAUCAUCACCUUACCAUGAAACACUUCGAUCACAGCCCGCUGCAUAUGUACGGCGAGGAUAACAUCACGCAGAAUAUCACUGCUCCCGACUAUAACAACGCUACAGAAUGCACCAACAUCAUGAUACCCCAGGAACUGUUUUUGACACUGGGCUUGGUAAGCUUGGUAGAGAACAUCCUGGUUGUCCUUGCCAUCAUCAAAAACAGAAACUUACACUCUCCAAUGUACUACUUCAUAUGCUGCCUUGCCGUCUCCGACAUGCUGGUUAGCGUAAGCAACGUGGUGGAGACUAUGUUCAUGCUGCUUCACGACAACGGACUGCUCAUGAUGAUGCCAGGCAUGAUGAAGCACUUGGACAAUGUUAUAGACAUCAUGAUAUGCAGCUCAGUGGUGUCCUCAUUGUCUUUCCUUAGCACCAUCGCCGCUGAUCGUUACAUCACCAUAUUUUACGCGCUGCGUUACCACAGCAUCAUGACGACCCAGCGCGCUGUCACCAUCAUUAUCGUUGUGUGGUCGGCCAGCAUCACCGCUAGCACCUUCUUCAUUUUCUACUACACCAACAAUGCUGUCAUCAUCUGCCUUGUCACCUUCUUCUUCAUCACCCUGGUCUUCACAGCGGCCCUUUACCUGCACAUGUUCAUCCUGGCCCACGUUCACUCCAGGCGCAUCAUGGCUUUCCACAAGAGUCGCCGUCAAGCCACAAGUAUGAAGGGCGCAAUUACUUUGACCAUCUUACUGGGGGUGUUCAUCAUUUGCUGGGGUCCCUUUUUUCUUCAUCUCAUCUUGAUACUUACGUGCCCCAAAAACCCGCACUGCAAGUGUUUUUUCAGCCAUUUCAACCUUUUUCUGAUUCUCAUCAUUUGCAACUCUCUUAUAGAUCCACUGAUUUAUGCAUAUCGUAGCCAGGAGCUGCGUAAAACGCUGAAGGAACUCAUCUUCUGCUCUUGGUGUUUUGUAAUGUGAGGAGAAAGACAUUUGGACUAUAUUUAACUUAGUUAUAAGCUCAGACAGAUGUAAUCUUUGUGAUCAUCCGGUGGAUAUAUUGGAGUGGACUGACUCUGAA